GGCAAUUCCACAGAAUCCAUCCUGCCCGUCUACGACUCAUCACCCAGCGCCGUCGAAACCCACCGACUUUCAUCAAACAACCCAUCAACGAACCUUCGUCAGUCGAUCAGAACAUCAUCGAAAAUGGGAAAGGUUCACGGAUCUCUCGCCCGUGCCGGCAAGGUCAAGUCUCAGACCCCCAAGGUUGAGAAGCAGGAGAAGAAGAAGACCCCUAAGGGUCGCGCGAAGAAGAGACUCACAUACACUCGCCGCUUCGUGAACGUCCAGCUCACCGGUGGCAAGAGGAAGAUGAACCCCAACCCAACCUCCUAAGCUCGCCUCUUUGCUUUUCUGGGAUGAACGGUGACGCAACUUUCGGAACGACAGGACUAGAGGGCUAGAGACAUAGCGGGCGGCUACCGGGAAUGAAGGGACGAAUGGGGUCUCAUAUGACCAAGAGUACACACCCAAGGCGACUGCGGCCAAUAUGGUCUACUCAGGGACUCUUCUGAUGAUGGAAUUGCAUCUGUGUUUCUACCGAGUAUAGGCGCACCGGUUCUCCGCAACCCGGAGCCCGAGGACGCCACAUCUCAAGUCCUCGAAAACGAUUAGAGAAAUCCGAUCGAUUUGUCUGGUUACCAACAUCGCGCGCGCCGUGUCAUCGUGCAAGUGUUCGGGCAGCCUGCCAGCCACCUUAACGAUGGUGGAGACAUCUCGUCGCUGUGCACUCGACUUCUGUCGAGACAUAUUCCUUCUCAACUGUAACAGCAUGGGCAGGUUUCGAUCUGCUGCCGUGCCUCGUGCUGCCUGGCAAUUACAGGGCAUUCUUGGAUGUAAGAUAUGACGACGAGAGCAGAAGGGCAUAUGAUUUCCGUUAACUUUGAUGCCUCUGCGAGACAGACCGUGCCGUCGAGGCCUCAUGUCUGUUCCGCCAUACUGCCCCCCCCCCUAUUGGGCGGGACGCUCAGCAAUUGUCUACUUGAUAAUCACUCCACGACCACCACCAUCAUCUC